CCCGCCGCGCGACGUCAGCACGCUCGCGGCGCGGGGACGCUCCCGUUCUAGCCGCUCCGCUCCGCGCCGCGGGGCCGACCGGCCGAUGAGGCGGCCGCGGCGGGGACGUCACGGGGCGGGGCGCCGCGAGGGAGGCGGCGGCCGGCGGCCGUUGGCGGCGGCCGUUGGCCUCGGGGCUCUCGGCAUCGCGGCACCGCCGAGGGACGGUCCUGCCGGCUCCAGCCCUGGGGCGCCUUCGCCUCCCGGCGCGGUGCCAGUGACUGCCUGCCGGCGUCACCCUCGGGGGAGCGACCGGGCCGCUGGUGUGGCCGCCUGUCUCCCAGGGGCUACGAAGCGCCUCCUGGGAGCUCUGCGCGACGCACCGGCGUCGCUAAAUAAAGCGCUUAAAUGCGGUGAAGGAUACGAGGAACUGAGACAAGCAAGGCUUGGACCAGAAGUCUCCCAUUAAAUAUGUGACAAUAAUGGCUUCCAGACACCUGGAGGAUAGAGAAGGACCACAGCCAUCGCUGGGCUGCUCAGGUUGGACCAGGAUUGCUAGGAAGAGGAUUCUGGAGAAGAUACCACAGUUGAUAUAAAAAUCCCAGAAGGUUCUUACACUGCAGGCCCUUACUGUCUCAGAGGAACCAAGACCUAAGCUAGUCACUACCAUUUUAGUAGCCAGUUUGCUAAGUGUGUGGCUGUGGCAGGGCCAGGGUUCACUCUUGAGACGUUAUGUCGUCUCUGUCCACAGCAAGUAAGAGAAGAGGAAUAAACAAAGGAAAUGGUCAGUGACUGACUUCCCAGAAGCCUCUGAGAAAUGAAAAAGGGCUGACUAAGGCAAAGAAGAUUUGACAGGAACAAAAAAGAAAAAGAGAAGGAGCCUCUCUGUGACCAAGGGACUGGCAGAGAUACUUCUUUUUGAGCAGAAAGAUUGCAAAGACAGGGCUCUGUGGACAAAAAGAGCUAGCCAGACCAUCCUGGAUCCAAGGACAGAACUGAUACGGAUCACAGGACAGUGAAGCAUAAUCAGAUGAACAACUGUUGUUGGAAAGGAUAUUCUAUCAAAUACCCCUUGGUCCUCUAUACCACAAAAGCCUCAAAUUUCAUAAGCCUCAGUUCUUCCCAGUGGAGACUUCCUGCCAGAGAGAGGUGCAGUUUGGCACACUGCUGUUCCUUCCUUUGCAGUAGAGCAGCAAAAUCAAUCACUCUGGGAGCUGAGUGCUUUUUAUUUGAAAUGGACCAUGGUCACUACACCAUUUCAGUCCACAGGGUCCUCUGGGGCUUACCAAAGAAAAGGCUCAGAAACAAGUGCUCUGAUCCUUUCACACCAGAGGUGGGAUUGGUGCUAUGCCAAUCCAGUCCACAGGAUUCCUGAAAUUUUACAGAGAGAAAAGAUUGAAACAGUGAGCAACACUGAGCUCUUUUGGAACUAGAACUGACCAAAAACCCUGAAAUGCCACCUCCUUUUCUCUUUCCCCUGCUACUGCACUGUUUACAUAAGUUUUAAGUAUGUGAAAUUUUAGGGAAAUGAAAUCAUUUCUGGUUCAGACUUUCAUUCUUUUCUGCAAAGCAGAUUUUUUUAAAACCAGAAACCAGCACAUUCCUCUGAAUGGGAAGCUCAGCCCCCUCUGUGUUUUAAAAUUUAUACAAAUGUAUAAAAGAAACAUCAUAUUUGAAAGGUAUCUUUAUUCUUUAAAUACAUUAGUCCAAGACAGAGCCCUGGCAAUGGGGACUUGUAGAAAUUUAUGAAGUAGAGAAAGAAAACAAAACACUCCUUACAAAAUGAGAAAAAAUUCUUAGGUUUUUCUCAUUUUUUUCUUUCCCCCAAUAAUUCUGCAGUCCCUGGCACUGUACAAGGGUUGUCAGGUGUCUCAAAAUGAAAUCAUGUCAGUUACUCUAUUUAAUGAUAAUGAAGGCAUACAGACCAUGAGAAACCAAAACUGCACAGCAGAAAUCCAAAUGCACAGUGCUGUCCUGCUCACCAGGCCAAAACAAGCCACACAGAAUGAUGGGCACUGCUUUUUCCCAAGCUUUCCUCAAUGCAUGUGCUCAGUGGGCAUUUAAGAGAGAGUUUCCCGAAGGCUGCUCAGAAUAUCCUCAGAUCAUCACACCUUUGCCUCCCAGCCUUGCAAGGCUCUCUCCUUGCUUUCACAGCUGCUGUUCAGCCCAGAGUGGUUAUGACUGAAGCACGCACAGCUAAUCGGAGCCUAGCCGGCAGUAGGCGACCAACCCGCCUCUUCAGUCCCUUGGAGACACAUCCAUGUCCUCAGAGCCAGUGUCAUCUUGUCCGUGCUUUGUCCCACAAAAAACUUUAUCAGCCACUGUGGUAGAAUGAGGUGGGCAGGAAGGGAGAGCGCAUCUCCGGCACUAGCUGCAGCAGAGAAGCCAGCAAAUCUUCUGAGAAUUGGAAAGCCUUACAAAACAUGAAAGGAAAACUUGUUAAUUGUGAUCCAUACCUCCACCACAAGUCCUCCAUUAGGUGAUCUGUCAACAUCAAAGUGGCUAACUCCAGGUCAGCAGUCAUCGAGGGGGACAACUUCAACAUGGCAAAAGAUCACAGAAAUUCUUUUUUCUGUCCCUGUGCUGCCACUGCAGCCCAGGAGUAAAGUCCCAGAAAUGAUGUAGCUGCUUCUGAUCAUAUCACAUUGUAGCAUAAUCCUUUUCCACUAGAUGACACUUCUUUCUGGAGCUCAGAAAUGGCACUGUAGUGGGUAAAACUGCUCCAACUCCUUCCUUAGGCAACUGUUCAGUCUUACUGUCCUUUCCUCCUGCCACAGAUGCAGGCAGGGUGGGGGCAGCUGUUGCUCCAAAAAUGCAGCUGAAGUUGCAAAUGCUAGUGCCCACUUUGCAAAACUGAUGGCAUUGGUGGCAGCCGGUGAGGAGGUCUGCAUGGGCACCUGAGUGUGUGCUGCUGUGAGUGUGCAGGGACUGCAUGGAGGGUGGUGAGAGAGGACUGGGGAGAUGGGGCCCCGUGAGGUGGGCCUGCCAUUUGCAUGUAGCUGAGGUGCCCCGUGGCUCUUUGGGCUCAGCAGCAGUGUGACAGGCAUGGGAGGCAUGGCAAUGCCAAAUGCGCACUUCGGAGGAAAUCCCCCAAAUGAAAAACAAAGACUCUGCAAGUCAUUUCCUCCAGGCUGAACAGAAAGACAUCUGUGUUGAUCCAGCUAUUAUAUACUAGUCACAACAAAACAAUUUGCUUCCAAGCAGCAUAGGCCCCAAGUUCUCUUUCUUCUAGACUGAUGAUUAAAAAUAUUCAAGAUGUAUUUUAACUGAUUUUUACAAGCUCUUUUUUCCUUUGAUGGGACUUUGCAGGCUGACAGUUUCUGCAGGUGAGAUUGGGCUAAAGUAAGGAGGUCUGAAAGAGGGGCUGGGUGCCAUCUUACUGUAGACCUUUACGCUUGAGUUGAACACCAGCUCCUGACUGCGGUGAAAAGCUACUUUCAGUUACAUCCUCUGUAAAUGGGUGUCUGAGCUCUGGGGUGGCUGGAUGUGACCGUUAUGCACAGUUAGGUACAAAGGAAGGAAUUGUAACCUCGGCAGCUGUCUAUGCUUGGGGCAGAUUUGACCUGCAGAAGCCAGGAGCCGUGACCAAACAAGCAAUCUGCUCCGGACGGAGAGGCACUGCACCCCACUGCUUCCCCUACAUGUGCCUGCUCUUUCUUCACGGCAACGUCGUUCAGAGAACUGAUAUUCAAUGGCUGGAAACGGAGGUGCCAAGAGGCUGAGAUGGAUAUGACUACUAUCCUACAAGAGAUUUUGAUUAAAAGAUCGCAGCAGAAGAAGAGGACUUCUCCCUUAAACUACAAAGAGAGGCUUUUUGUACUUACCAAGUCCAUGCUAACGUAUUAUGAAGGUCGAGCAGAGAAAAAGUACAAAAAAGGAUGUGUUGAUGUUUCAAGGAUCAAAUGUGUAGAAGUUGUUAAAAAUGAUGGCAUUAUCCCCUGUCAAAACAAAUAUCCAUUUCAGGUUGUGUAUGAUGCUAAUACGCUUUAUAUUUUUGCACCAAGUGCACAAAGCCGGGAUCAGUGGGUGAGGAAUCUGAAAGAAGAAAUAAAGAACAACAGUGAUAUAAUGGUAAAAUAUCAUCCUAAAUUCUGGACGGAGGGAAUUUAUCAGUGCUGCAGACAGACAGAAAAAUUAGCACCUGGCUGUGAAAAAUACAGUCUUUUUGAAAACAGUAUAAGGAAAGCACCUGCUCCAAAUUUUCUGCUGGAAAAAAAUAGGCGAAGGCCUCCACCACCUGUUCCCCCAGCUGAAGAAAACGACAGUGAAGAGGAGGAAAUAGUGGUAGCAAUGUAUGACUUUCAGCCUACAGAACAUCAUGAUUUAAGAUUAGAGAAAGGUGAAGAGUAUACGAUAAUUGAAAAAAAUGACAUUCACUGGUGGAAGGCAAGAGAUAAAUAUGGAAAUCAAGGAUAUAUUCCAAGCAACUAUGUAACAGGAAAGAAGUCCAACAACCUUGAUCAAUAUGAAUGGUACAGCAGAAAUCUGAACAGAAGCAAGGCAGAACAACUCCUUAGAAAUGAGGACAAAGAAGGUGGUUUUGUGGUGAGAGACUCAAGUCAGCCAGGCCUGUAUACAGUUUCCCUUUAUACAAAAUUUGGAGGAGAAGGUUCAUCAGGAAUAAGACACUACCAUAUAAAAGAAACAGUGACAUCACCAAAACAGUUCUACCUCGCAGAAAAACAUCUUUUUAGCUCCAUUCCAGAAAUAAUUGAGUAUCAUAAACAUAAUGCAGCAGGUCUUGUUACCAGGCUGCGCUACCCAGUGACCCCAAAGAAGACAACAGCACCAACAACUGCAGGGUUCAGCUAUGAGAAAUGGGAAAUCAAUCCAUCAGAGCUGACCUUCAUGAGAGAACUAGGGAGCGGUCUCUUUGGAGUAGUGCGUCUGGGGAAAUGGAGGGCGCAGUAUAAAGUAGCCAUCAAAGCAAUUCGGGAAGGUGCAAUGUAUGAAGAGGAUUUCAUUGAAGAAGCUAAAGUGAUGAUGAAAUUAACACAUCCUAAAUUAGUUCAGCUGUACGGUGUGUGCACACAACAGAGACCUAUUUACAUAGUGACAGAAUUCAUGGAGCAUGGCUGCCUGCUGAACUACCUGCGGCAAAAACGCGGGCUCUUGAGCAAAGACGUGCUGCUGACUAUGUGCCAAGAUGUGUGUGAAGGAAUGGAGUACCUGGAGAGGAACAGCUUUAUCCAUAGAGACCUGGCUGCCAGAAACUGCUUAGUGAAUGAUUCAGGAGUGGUCAAAGUGUCUGAUUUUGGCAUGACAAGGUAUGUUCUUGAUGAUCAAUACACAAGCUCUUCAGGGGCUAAGUUUCCUGUGAAGUGGUGUCCCCCAGAAGUUUUUAAUUAUAGCCGAUUCAGCAGCAAAUCAGAUGUCUGGUCAUUUGGUGUUUUAAUGUGGGAAGUAUUUACAGAAGGAAAAAUGCCCUUUGAAAAAAGCUCCAACUAUGAAGUGGUAACUAUGGUUAGCCAAGGACAUCGUUUGUAUCGGCCCAAAUUAGCCUGUAAGCUGGUGUAUGAUGUCAUGAUGAUGUGCUGGCAGGAGAAACCAGAGGCACGGCCUACUUUUGAAGACUUGCUUCACACAAUCAUUGACAUUGCAGAGGGUGAAGAUACUUUCUGAAGAAAAACAGCAGCAGCCCAAGUAUGGGAAAGAAUUCACAUUCGACAGAUAUAGCCUCAAGCCUUUAAAAAAGAAAUGAUCCUGUAAGCUGCUGGAUGUUGCUAAAGAGUGUGGGGAGCCUGUAACAUUUGCUGCACUUCAACCCAGGGAGUUAUACAUGAUUCUGGGAAAUGUUCACAAUACCUUCAGCAAUACUAACAGUCCCUAUAUUUUCUCUGAAAAGUCGGCACCGCAUAAUGGACAAACUGAGCUCUCUCUGGGGAAAGAGAGAGAAUGUGAGCAAAGCCCAAGAGCUUAGUUUGCAUUUACUGGGUUGUGUUUAUGUGUAUACAGUCCAUGUUUCUGAGUUUCUCUUUACUCAGGCAAUAGAAAUGGUAGUAGUAGUGAUUUGCAUACUUUAAAAUUGAAGGUAUCUAUUAAUAGCUAGUUACUGACAUUGAAGUGUUUCCAGAGAUUCCUCAGAAACAUUAUUUUUUUCAGUUGAUGGUUGUUCUAUGACACAUCAAGAACACAAAACAUGCCUCUUUCCUUUGCACACAGUGAGUUGCCAGCGAUGCAGUCAUUGGUUUGGUAUAACACUCAAAAGCUUCGCCUAAGAACCGAGCUGUGAUAUGCCGAGGCCUUCUAGGGCCUCUCUUCAAAGACCUUCCAAGAUUAGUCUUAACAUUAUGAAAAAUAAAUCCAAGAUUCAGCACAACUGGCUGUCAGUGUACUAUAUACCUGGUUUUUGAUUAAUUAUAAAAUAAUUUAUAUUGUAUUGUAAAUAUAUAGAUUCUAUACAUUUAUUUAUAUAAAGUGUGAGUGUUCUCCUCUUGAAAUUUUCAAGCAUGAGUUUGUUCUACCUUAACUUACAUACUCAACUCCAUAUAUGAGAUUGUAAAUGAAAGAAAUUACACCCUCAUUAGAGGAGAGCUCCUUUUCCUAUCUUUGUCAUCUGUAUGUACAAUGAUCUAACCUUUCUGUUCUUAACAGAAAAUGUCAUAUUGUGUGUGUGUGUAAAUAAACUGAAUGUUAUCUGUUGUUUGGAACAGA